AGGAAUAUAUAUAUGAGGAUGUUAUCAGGAAAGAGAGGAAAGAACAUUGAAUCAUAAUCUUGCAUCCUUUUCCAUAGCUAGUUGGAAAUAACCAAAGAGAAAGGCUACAGGAGAAUGGAAGGGACUGGAAUACUUUUUACUGUUCUGCUUGCGAUUCUUCUGCUUCUCAACUAUCUGAAACAGCAGUGGUCACGCCGACAUUUUCCCCCGGGGCCUCUUUCCCUUCCUCUUAUCGGAGGUGUAUGGAGAAUUAACUUUGGAAUUGGAUGUACUGUGGAGACACCAAUGAAGUUGGCAGAACAAUAUGGAGACAUUUUUACUGUGUGGGGAGGAAAUAUACCAGUUGUAGUUUUGUCUGGAUUUGAAGCUGUGAAAGAAGGACUGAUCGAUCAUUUGGAAGACUUUUCAGACCGGCCUCAAACUGGAUUUACUACACUUAUAGCAAGAGGAAAGGGCGUUGCACUUUCAAAUGGACAUACCUGGAAGCAGCAGAGGCGGUUUGGCGUAGUCACACUGCGGAAACUGGGAGUGGGGAAAAGAAGCCUGGAGGGCCAAAUAGAAGAGGAAUCUCAACAGCUUGUAGAGGUUUUUGCACGUGAAAAAGGGCAGCCAUUUGAUCCUGCAUUACCUCUCACGAAUUCAGUCUCCAACCUGAUAUGUGCCUUGUCUUUUGGACACCGUUUCCCCCUUGAAGAUGAAACUUUCAAGAAACUGAUUGAUGCUCUUAGAUUUACAUUAAAAUUUGGAGGAAGCAUUUUUCUUGGGCUAUAUGAACUACUCCCAUGGCUCAUGAAGCAUCUUCCAGGGCCUCACAAAAAGGCAUCUCAUGUCACCGAGAUGCUGCUUUCAUUAGCAAAGAAAGAAACACAGAAGCAUAAGGAGCAAAAGUCCUUUCAGGAGCCACGGGAUUUAAUUGAUUUCUACCUGCUUGAAAUAGAGAAAAGGAAAAAUGAUCCUACCUCUACAUAUGAUGAAGAGAACCUGGCUCAGAUUAUUCAUGAUUUUUUUGUUGCUGGAACCGAAACAUCUGCAACGUCUUUGAAAUGGGCAAUCCUCCUUUUGGCAAACCAUCCAGAUAUUCAAGAUAAAGCCUAUAAGGAAAUAGAAGAUGUGUUGUGCUCCUCUUCCUUCAGCUAUCAAGAUCUGAAGAAGCUCCCUUAUACAAAUGCUGUGCUUCACGAGAUUCUGCGUUUAAAAUAUCCCCUCUUAUUUGGGCUCCCAAGACAAACUUCUAAAGAUGUGAAGAUGAGAGGUUUUCUCAUCCCUAAGGGGACUUCUAUUGUGCCAAAUGUACGCUCUGCUCUUCUUGAUCCAAAGUACUGGGAGUCUCCUAAAGAGUUCAAUCCAAAACAUUUUUUGGACCAGGAUGGACAUUUUGUUGCUAAAGAAGCAUUUCUGGCAUUUGGUGCAGGGGCUCGGGUGUGUUUCGGGGAGCAUCUGGCAAGGAUGGAGAUCUUUAUCUUCUUUGUCAACCUGCUGAGAGCCUUCCGUUUCCAGCUGCCUCCAGGAGUCAAAGAGCUCAAUGAAGAGCCUGCAGUAGCACUGUCAACGCCACCCCAUCCUUAUAAAGUGUGUGCAGUCCCUCGCUGUAGUUCAUAAUAAAAUAUACAAGGGCAUAUACUUUA